AAAGCAUCAUGGGUAGAAAACACAGUAUCGGUGACGUCACAUAAUUAGAGUAAAUACAAAGUAGACUGAUGUGCUUGUGGCGUGCUGUGUGUGAGCUCAGUGAUUUCUUUCGAUUUUAUAAUGGAUACUAAUUACAUACAGCUAAUUGGUGCACCAUGUGGACACCAUGGACAAUAUACAUUCUACAAAGGUUUUAAGUAUAAAAAGAAUGGAAGACAUAAAAUAUUAUCUCUGAGUGAUUUUUUCUUCGUCAAAUUAUGGAGUGAUUCAGACUUAAUUAGCAUUGGAGAAUUGCAACUUUUGUGGAUAGACAAAAAUAGCGAACAAGUGUUGUCAAGUUUGCGAUUAUAUUUUCUACCAGAAAACACACCUGAAGGGAGGAAUGAUGAUCAUGGAGAGGACGAGGUUCUGGCGAUCUCCGAGAAGGUUGUUUUGCGGGUUGAGGACUUGCUGGAUCGGAUCGUGGAAGAUGUCUCGUGGUGCCGGGGUCUUGAGGCUGUGUGGGAGGGAGAAUGUCUGCUCCAGACAUCCAUCAGCGAGGACAUAAAGUCACACAGCAAGAUGCUAAUCGACAGUGCCCUAGACUUCCAGGACAUCCUUAAAGAAAGGGAACAAAUAGCUGAUGACUUCGACCCAGAAGUUUCCGCGGUAGUGGUGCUUAGUUUCCCGAGGUACUGUCGAUACCGAGGUGUCGUGAAGAGACUUGAAGGCGUCGCCAACAAGUGGCUUAAGAACACUCUGGUAGUGGCCCUAGGGGGCUUCGUGGUGCCCUGUCGUAACACCCACAUCCUCUUCUGCAAAGAUACCUUCGAUUACCCCGACCUAGAGGGCCACGAACUGCUCUGCAACCACCUUGCUCCAAAUCUGAAAGGACGGCCUCGGAGGAAACGUAAAAAGCGAAGUUUGUCUCCUGGAGGUUCAGAAUCCAAUGAGUCUGAAGAAUCCUCUUUGUCAACUGUGUCCUCCACCAUAAAGAGCAAACCAGCAGUCAGUGGUGGUGGAAGAAAUGGCCUACGUUGCAACAAUUUGGUCCAGCCGAGACGAAGCAGCAGAGUAAAUGCUAGUCCUGAGGAGAAGGAAUUCUUAGUGAAGUUGCAUCGAUUUAUGAAGAUGAGGCAGACACCAAUAGGAAGAGUUCCUCAUCUAGGGUUUAAAGAAAUUGACUUGUUUGCAUUCUUCAGUAAAGUUCAAAAGUUAGGUGGCUACAAUGUUGUCACAGCCAAUCGCAUGUGGAAGCCUAUUUAUGAUGACCUAGGAGGGCAUCAGGGUAGUACUAGUGCUGCCACCUGCACACGACGACAUUAUGAACGAUUGUUGCUUCCAUAUGAGCGGAGUGUGAAGAAUGAUGAAGUCAAGGAACGACGCCGUUCAAAGUCUAUCAAAUGUGAAAAUGAUAAAAUACCAGGAACACAUGAACAGGUGGAGCGUCAUGUGAAAUCACCUUCUUGUACUGUAACAUCAGCUCAGGACAAUAAGAUUGCUGUACCUAGUGGAGGCCAAAUGGACAAGGCCAUUGUUCUUGAAGGCAAGACUUCGUCCUUACGAAGUGUUAGAACAAAAUCAGACAAGACUGUACAAGAUUCAGCAGUCUCUCAACGUCCUAAAGACAAAGAAAAUAUUCCUGUGUCAAAUUUAACGGAUGGAUUGGUAGUAGAAGUGAAACAGGAGCCAUCAAGUGAAGGAAGUGCAAAUGAGAAACCUACACCUGAGUUGAUAGACCUUGUUUCUGAACAAGAUUCAUCUGCAAAAGUCAUCAAAACAUCACCUGUACCUGCACUCAAGAAGCGCAAAUUAGAGAUCCUUAAAGAAGGUGGGCUGGAAGUGACUGCCAUAACACCACCAGCAAUGGCUUCAGCAGCUUCAAUAGGGUCAGUUACCAUUACUGCAGACAGACGGCCAUCCGUCAUUCAGCAUGCUGCUCCAGUCCAAAGUCCUGUCCUGGGACAGGUUUCCAUCACUGUGACUCCUGAUGUAACCCACAUGUUAGGGUCACCUCCAACAGAGUCAAACUCAGCUGCUUCAACUCCUUCCCCAACUGCUGACUGUGAGCCACCCAUUCUUCAUCAUUCACAAGUCAUUGUACAUGACUUGAAACAUCCAGCCCUGCAGCAUUUGUAUACUGGAAGCCUGUCACAAGUCCAUUCUUCAACCCCUAGUCCUAGCAGUACUGCUGAUGAGUGGGUACCACCAAGAGUAACUCAGUCACGCUCCAUAUAUGCCCACUCAGAGUCCACUGUAUAUGGAAAUCCAAAAGAUAGUAUUGAAUCACCACUGAAUUUAUUGUAUUCCAGGCGGAGCGUUGUUAAAUCUGUGCCCUCAGGUGGUGAAGUCCUGGAUCUGCGGGUUUCUCAUCCUCGUAAACCUACAGUAAGCAUAAGCCGUGUAACAAGUGUUGUUCCUCCUCAUGUUAGUGCAAGAAAUCCCAUCAGAUCAGCUCACAAAACCAAUGGUGUAUCUCCAUUCCCCAUUGUAGAUGGACGAGCAGUGGUAGGCUCUAACUUGGAAAUAACAGUUGUGGAUGUUCCAAAACCAUCACCUACAUUGCAACAGAGACAGCAACAAAUGCUACUACAACAACAGAGGACCUUGCAGCACCACAGGAAGUCUCUCAGCAUCAGACCUGCACCAUCAAAUCGUCCUGUUUCCAGAAAUGAGAAUGGGAAGCACAACUCUCUUUCGAUUACGCACAUCCCCCCCCAGCGGAAUAGCAGUCAUACCAGUAGCAGUGCUCAGCUUGUGAUUCCAAACCCGUACCUGUCAUCCACCUCAGUAAGCGUUCGCAAAACCAUAACAAGUGAUGGGUCACGAUCCCGACAACAGAAACCAAGCACCAAUCCUCCAUCACCUCAGUGUGCUACCCCCACUUCAAGCUCAAUGUCUUACCUUCCUACAGGCUCCCCUGUUUUUCCUGGUUAUCUCCCUCAGCUGUCACCAAUAUCUGGAAGUGGUGGAGGAAGUUCUGCAUCAAAGAGUCCAUCCCCAUAUCACCUUCCCUUGCUGGAUCCAAUGUAUUACUCAGCACUAUAUGGUUCACAUGGGCUUUAUCCUCCCAAUGUGGCUGCUGCCUUCCUUUCUCCGCUGCAGGUGGCAGCAGCUCCACCCUUAUUUGCACCAUCUGCAGAACAGCUGCAGCUGUACAAAGACUUGAUGAGCCAUCACAACAAUCUGCGGUAUGCUCAGCCUGGAGGCAGCUUCUUGGGUCUGCCACGGGAUGGGUCUACAUCAAUAACACCUGUCGGCCAGCCAACACCCACAACAAAGUGAAAAUAUACAAAUAAUAGUUUUAAUAAUUGUAAGUAACAGCAGACCAUAUAUGUUAAGAUCUGUAACAGUCAACAGUAACACAAACUGCUAGUAACAAUAGUGAACCAGGCCUACAGCUACAACAUUGAGUUCAUUGUGCCAUACAGUAUUUUCAUCUGAAAACAGUGACCCUCUUCCAAUAUUUAUCUAUUUUUGUGAUAGUCCACAGCUGCUGUGUGUAAAUAUUUUCAACAUCUUGUAGCAUAACACUGUAAAUGUAUGUCAUAUUUCUUCUUAUUGAUGUCUGAUGGUGUGUUUGAUACCAAAAGUAGAAAGUAAAAUGUACAUAAAACAUUGUAUAAAUGUGUAUCAUAUAAUAAAAGAACAAGGCCUGAAGGGGUACAAGCUGGAUAAAAAUUGAAUAGAUACAAAGAGCACACAAAGUUCAUUAGAUUUGAAACUUGGCAAUAAGAAAAUUGCAGUCUGUGAUUCAUAUUUUCUUUAUGACCGUGCUACAUGAGCAGAGUUAUGUUAUUACCUUGUUGUACUGUAUAAUAGCAUAAUCUGUUCCACCAAGUUAUCAUCAGUUAUUAGAAAGGAAAAAUAAUAGACAGAGGAAAUAAUUUAACCCUUUGCGGUCCCUUUUAAAUACCAUUACAGCUCUUUGCUGGUCUAUUUAAAUACCACUAAGCUAUGUAAAUUCAGCUACUGUUAUGAACUGAUUUAAUUUUCUUUUAUAACUUGCAUGAAGCAGAAGAAACUUUGCUAAAUAUGGUGAAAAUAUGUUCUGAAAGGAUCACAGUUCCUACUGUUUAAAUACCGACUGUGAAAUAUUUUUCACAGACUGUACCAUUAUCGCUAGUGAGAUGUGUAGUAAUGGUGCCUUUCUGCUUGCUGUCAUUCGGUAGUGAAUAAAGCAAGACCAAGUCCAUAGAUAUGACUUUGGCGACAUCUUAACAUUGCAUUGGAUUUCAUAAUCUUAGAGCAAUGCUUCCUUUCAAGCUUUUUGUGUUCGUAAGUUCUAGAUCAAGUUCAACACCAUAAAAUUGAAACAGAAUGCAAAGUGUAACAGAUGAAGUCACUAUACAUAAAGAAUGCUUGAUAAGAAGAAAAUGAAUGUGCCUAUAUCAGUGGCAGAUUGCUCUAUGCAUCAAAUAUAAUUUAAAAAAUUAGAAUUUCUUACUAGGAAGAUGAGAUAUUUGUUUUAUAAAUUUAUCAGAUAUAAAAUACUUCUAUUCUAAGUAAAUAUGACAGCAGAAUACCUAACAGUAUUUCUUCACUGUAUGAUAUAUGGCAAAACACUCAGGGUAGAGUCGUUGCUUCCUCGGCCAUGUGUCACAAUAAAACAUUGUUUCCCUCCUGCCUCCAUUCAUUAUUAUAAGGUUCACAAAGUAUCACCAGGAAAACUUUGAUAGCACUAGUGCACAGAUGAAGGCUUAAAUAAUAUGCUGCUAUCCUCAGCUCGACUCCAGAUCACGUAUAAAAUUCGUAAAACACAUGGCGAACUCGGUCUGACAUUGGACCGGAUCUCGGAUUUUUCAAUAUCGGACUCAGUCCGACAUAGGACCGCAAAGGGUUAAGCCAUACUCAGCACACUGACUUUGUUUUCCAAUGUUUUAUUAAAGUGUUUCUCAGUAUUCCUUCAGUAGUUAUGUAUGUCCUAGAAAGUGUUCCUGUUUCUCCUCAACCUCCACAUAUACUUCUUAGUCAUAUUUCUGAAGACAUUUUCGUACUGAAGUCCUUAGUCACUGUAACAUUCCUGAAGUCAUAACAUUGAUUCAGGUGAGGAGAAAUUCAGUUUGCCUUGUAACUUAACAGUGUGGAAAUGGUGAGAUUUUAGAUUCUCAUAGUGGGAAGCAUGAUGAUGACUGUCUUAUGGGAUGUUUCAUCAUGUAGUCUUUUAGAAGUUUACCAACUCUGAUGGUGGAGGCAGUGACCACCUCUGAAAUUUCACUAAACUUCCAGCAGACAACAUGGCACCACAUCCCAUUAUGGAAGUAAUUUUUAUACUGUGAGCUUGGGUAUGAUUUGAAAUGCUAUGCAUGUCUGAAAACAGCCCAGCAUACUAUUAACAUUUUCUCUUCUAGUACCCUACCUGCCAUCAAAGUAUGGCUCUUGAAUCAAACAUAUACAUAAUUAUAACAUAGUUCUUGAAUUUGGAAGUGUUCACUAAUUUAAGUAGAGUGCCUAAUAUUAAAUUAUGAGAAGAAUCAAAACAUAAGCAUAUUAGCACUGUCAGAAAUGUCAGAUGAACAGUACUUAGUUGUCUGCUAUUUACAAUUGCUUUCAGUAAUUGGUCUUGUGGUUUGUAAUAUCCUGCAGACUUUGGGUUAAUACCAGUGUUUUGUAAUGACAUCUCCAAAACAUUAGUAUCUGCUUAAAAGUCCACUUGGCAAUACAACCCAGAAGACCAUCAUUGACAUCUUCACUGUAAGAACAUCAAAUCCUACAUUUUCUGUGUUUGCACCUAACUACAGUUUUAAACCAGGCUGCUGUUUUAGCUGCAUCAUUAAAAUGGAACUUAUGAUUUUAUUACAAAACUGUAGUAAUACUUGGAUAUAAUUUGAGCCCAAAAUACAAUUCUAGCCACUGCGUUCAAUGGAACAUUAUGAUUGUAUCACAAAGGUGUGACUAAAAUUUGAGCCUCCUUAUCAGUGCUUAAAAAUUAAAAUGUGUCUGCUACACAGCAAAUAAAUUAGCACUAAAUUGUUGAUAAUUCAGUAUAUGUUACAGUAAAGAAAACCACAGAAUUCUAUUAAAUUAAACUUUGAUAAAACUGGCUUUUCAUUUCUUGUGCCUUUUAAAAGAAGUGGCAGGUGGUGUUUUUAUGACAAACUGAGUUAUAUUGAUUGGUUAUUAGUGAGAUUUGUAUGUGUUAUUCAGCAUCAGAACUAUGUUUAAUGGAUGACAUCAUAACCUCAUCUGAACCACCUGUAAGAUUAACUGCAGUAUUUGAGAAAUACUUAUUUAUACUGCUUAACCUUCUUGAAACUUACAUGCUUGAAAAGGAAAAUAAGUUAAUGCAAACAACAACAGAGUACCAAUAACACAAUAACAAGCAUCUCAAAAAAUUAGAUCUUUCCAAUAAUAAGUUUGUAAGAAAAUAAAAUCAUACUAAUGUUUUAUGAAGAACUUUCUAAUUCACAUGAUUUUAUUAUAAUGGAACAGUUGCUUAUUAUAUAUGUAUGCUAUUUAAUUUUUAUAAAUAAGACAGUUUAGUCUCAGAAAAAAUCAUGUAGAUAUUUAAUAAAAAAUGUCAGUUGCAUAAUUUGCAGACAGCCUGCUAUUUUCUUUUGUCAUGGUAGGCUAAACUUAUGGAUAUUUUAAACUACUGUUAGCAACUCAAGAGUGUGUUUGGACAUCCCUGUGAACUUCCUUCAUUUACCUGAUUGAGAAACACUUUUCUUUGUGAAGGAUUUUUGCUCAAGUCUAAUUUAAUUUUUCAUCCAGUACAUGGCUGUACUCUAUGGUCACAUUACAGUUACUGUGCUCUUGAAUUGUUUAGUUGUGACUAAUUGUCAUAUUACGUAAUUAUAACCUGUGAGAUUUUUGUUUCACAUAUGUUUGGCAGGUUCAGUAUUUAUCCAUGGUAGAUACUGGACAUGAUUAUGGAAAGCAGGUGUGUAACUUAAUAUUUGAGGUUAUUAUGUCAGUGCAGAUGAUGCUUGUCUUCUGGUUAGCAACGUCAUGGACACUUCAGUCCUGAAGGUAGAAACAUGUUUCUCAGAAAUGUUGGUAUCUGCCUAUAUGUUCACAUGUGAUUUCUGCCUAGAAGACCAACAUCAACAGAUUUAUGACAUUUAUUUUUGUGUUCAAAUGCAGACAUACAAGAGAAUAAUAAUACUGGUUUGUGCCAGGUGCUGACAGAAUUAAUCAAUAUUUGAAUGACUGCUUUCACCCAAAUAUAAGGCAAGAUAUGUAUAUAUUAUAAAACUUACCAUACAGUUUGAACUGGAUUAUAAUUAUACAAAGAAAAUGGAGUGGCUUUUAAGAAUUAGCUUUGGCGACUUAAGCAAAGUUGGUUGUGCCUUUCUCUGAUUUAUAAUACUACAUACUAUGUUUUGUGGUAUAUUGGGCAUUUGUGUUUGGCAAUAUAUGAUCUCCAAAUAUAUAUGUGGAAUAUAUUUUUUGGUCUCCCCUCCAGUACAAUAUUUUUGUCUUCUGUAUUCAUGUACAAAACAAUAACACUAGAAACAGAAAGAUGAUAAUAUCAGCAAUCAUGCCAUACUUGUGACAUUUUGAGUGUAGGAGGAGGGGGAGGACAACAGAGGGGAGCAAUGUGUCCUUUUAUAGUAAAAUAAUUAAAACAACAUAUGUAUGUUAUCUUAACUUUCUUCUAAAUUUUAUGUCCUCUGUGUUUGUUAUAUCUUGUUUUUAAAAUUGAUUUUUGGUACAGAUACAGUAAGCUGAUUUGUAAUACCUGUCAGACAUCCAUAAUUUAGCACCAGUUCUGUUACCUCUUUGAUAGGUCUGUGAAAUUAUUCUGCGUGAAACUGACUGUAAAAUUAAGACAUGAAGGGUGAAUAAACGUUAUGAAAGCGUACUUAACCACAGUAAGGGAUCAGACGAUUUGUCAUAGAAGAUUGUUAUUACUCUAUUUGGUUGUUGCCGUGAUAGGUGCACCAUCCAUUUUGUGUUAUCCAAUUUGUAUAUUGUUAUCAAACAUGUUAACCUAGAGCUAUGGAAUUUAAUAUCUGAACUUAGGAGUGAAUGGACUGUUUGCAUUGACAGAAGUUUGUCAUUUGUGGUGUAAAGUUUUGGGAUCAAAGAUUGUUCUGCAUUAUACUUGAAUUGCCAUAGUUGCAGUUGGGGCUGUGUCCUUUAUUCACCACUGCUCAAACACUGAGAUGCACCAGUUUUUAUUGAAUAACUGAGUAGAAAGUACCUCCCUCCCAGUCAAAUUAUCCUGAGUUUGAAACAGGCUGGGACCUGUACACAUUUGCCUCCCUUCUCUUCCUUCAGACAACAUUUAAACUUUAUUAAUGUGGGAAAUAGUGGGUUCACACCAUGUCUCAUGGCCAGUAUUAUGCAAUAGGGCCCUUAUACCAGGUUUUAUCUCCAUUGUCACCUACCCAUAGGCAUUAAACUUAAUUCCACCCUGUGAGUGCCCAUCUUUUGGUCCUGGUCUGUAACUCUUGUCAAGGAGACUGAAUCAAGUUCAGAUGGCCAUAAUUGGAGGAAUUAAUAUAAGGUUUUGGAAGUUCUGAUUAGUAGAGUCAAGGUGAUGUAUACAUAUGUUUCAGAAUUUUUAUUUUGGUAAUAAAAUGAGAAUUUGUGUAUGUUUCUGUGCUCAUACCUUACAUUUUGCAGACUUCACUACAGUGCUUGUAGGUGUUACAAUAGAUAAAAAUAGCUCUGUGGGAGGGUGUGUUGUCCCACUUUGUAGAGUCAUUUGUUUACCAGUUGCUGUAUCUUCCACUCUCACCAAUAUGACAAAUACUAAAUAAUCAGUUUAGUCUCAAUUUCAAAGAAAUUAUGAUUUUCCCAAUAUUUCAUACUUUAUUUACUGAUAGUAUGGUUUAUAUUUUCAAGUCAAACUGCUUUUUCAAUAUAUUUGUUUAGGGGUUAUGAAUAUCUACCUGUUUAUAAGAGUAAUGACUACCCCUGGGGCCCACAAAUUUACUUUUCGAAUGUAUAUUGGAGGCUCAUUCCCCAGUGGUAAAACACUAACAACUCACCUACAUUUGGUAGUGCUAAGGUUUAGAGUGCAUGGAACUAUAGAUUCACUUCCCUUAUAUCUUGAUGUUUUGUUGCUUAAUUAAACAUAGAGAUAACUUUGCUGUUAUCUUUAAUAAUUUUUGCAUCACAUAGUUGGUACAAUUUUUUAACAUUGUUUGACUUAAUGCUUAUGUGUGGACACUAUAUAGAUGUAUAAUCUGGUGGAAAAACUUCUUGGAAGGUACCUACUGUAAAGAUUCAAGAUGGAGAUGGGAGGGGGAAUAUGACAAUGGAUUUUGAGGAAAUAAAUUUUAAUUGUUAAAGUGCAUUGAACUAAACUGAUCAGGCAGUAAUACUAGUAUUAAAUUAUUAUAAUUAAUGGUAGUAUCUUCUCUUGCUGUUCUUAAAAACUUCAUGUGAAACAUUUCACAUGGCAUGCAUUAAAUGGUGGAGAAUGUUUUGCACAAACAUUUUCAUAUGUAAAACUUAUAAUUGGUAAAAAUAAAAUCUGAUCCAUUAAGGUUCAAGAUUUCCAUGUGAAGCAGUGCAGUUACACAGCUCUGAAGAAUACUGUGUGGGCAUGUUCUUUGUGAUCAGCAGUACAUACUAGUUUGCAACAAAGGGUCGUGAUCACUAACGGGUUAUAGCAAAGAAUGCAGGCUUUUUAUGUUCAUGUGCACUUCCAUAUUAUAGAAAUUGUUGCAUGUCAGUAAUAUCCAGUAUGACAUAUCAUAAAAUUUUGUGAAGAAACACUUGUUAUAUAUUUGAGAUAUUACUAGUGACAGAACAAAUUAAAGUUUUUUGUGUCUGCUAAUAACAAUUUAUAAUUAUAAAUGAAAUUAUCAUCAUUCGUUCAUAAAGCUGGCCGUUAGGUUGGCUCGUUUUGGUCACAGCACUCGUGUCAUUCAGUAGUCUUUUAAGAGGGCAUUGAAAUCAUUGUCUUCCUUUUGGAGGGUAUUUUGAAUUUGUUUUUGGAUUGUGUGGUCUUCCAUAAAUUAAAUACCCAUCAAAAAUUACUUUCAAUGGUCUUUAAUCCACAAACAGUACACUGUUUGCCUUAUAUUUGGAGUGACUUUGAUAAAUACAUUCUCUGAAUUACAAUUUAUUAUAUGUUCAUACUUUCCAUAGUGAUUCAGUACAUCUUUAUUCAUACCUCUGAAUUUAAAGCAUAGUCAUUUACCAUUGCAUAUAUUAAUUUAUUAUGUCAUCUUCCAAAUGCUAUUCACCAUUAGUCAUUAUUUCCAGUAACUGUUGUCAUGUCUUCCCUAUUAUUCAUUCUCUAUCUGGAUAAGCUGAACACCUUUACCAUUAACAUCUGACCUACGAGUGAACAGUAUCAGACAUGGAAGAUAAAGGUUAAGGGUAUACUUUUAGUUGUUGUUUUUUACUAUUUUAUUCUUUUGUUACAUAACAUUUCAAAAACUGUAAAAGGAGUUGGUGAUGUAUUUAAAACAAAGCAGAAAGAAUCAGUUUACUUUUCCAAUAUAACCACUUACAUUAGACAAACCAUAUUUUAAGUGUUAGGUACAGGAAAGGUACAAACAUAAGACUUCCAUUUGUUUUCUGAAAAGAUAGGCUGGCUUCCAUGUUAUAAUUAGUCUGCUGUGGUUAUUAGAAGCUUCAGUGAACUUCUGUUUGAAGAGUUGGUGUUUAUUAUGUUUACAUUAAAAUAUUAGAUUUUGUGUAAGUAAAACAUUCUGAUAUAGCACGCACACUCAUAUAAACAGUAAUGAUCAGGAUAUCUGAAAUGAGUUCUGUUGUUAUUUGUUCUUUUGUUUAUUUUGAAUGUGAAGAACAAUUCCCUGUAGGUAGAUGUGGAAUGAAUGAAGCUUGAAUUUGUUGAAAUGAGUUGGAAAAUAUUUUAUACUUCUAUAUGUAUGUACUGCUUGUUUGGGCAUUUGCAUUUAUAAAUUGUUUAAUCAUUUUAGCUAAAUGCCAAAGAAAGUGAUUUUGUGAUGAAGUAGUUUUUUAUGUGCCAGUUUGAAUGUGCUGUUCUUUAGUAUGUGUAAAAUUUGUUUUGUUUUUUAAAUGUUUAACUGUUAAAAGUAUUAUAAUUCAUCUUUAUAUAUCAACCAGAUGAUAUAAUGCAUUCUUGAAAAGUAAACUUGGCUGCAUCUGAUUUGUGUUCAGAGAUGUAGAUAAUAGAACAUGUGCAUUUCUCGUAUGUGUGACAGACAAGCAUGCUGCUCCAAACUUCAUAGUGCAUUUCAAAAAUAAGAGUAAUUUAUAAUUAGUUUAAAUUCCAUAGAAAGACAAAUCACUCAGGGAUCAGGCAACUUAAUGCAUUAAGUAUAGCAAAAAAGUUACAGUGACAAUGUACCAGCUAUUCCUAGCGCGCACACACAUUCUCAAUCUGUGUCUUCAGUUUUUAUGAAAAUAGCAGCAGGUAACAAGUCUUGGCACAGAAUGAUGUAGAGUGCCCAUAUUGUAUGUACUGUUACACAUGUAAAUCAAUGUGUGAUUAUGUGUUCUUGUUAGUUGUUUGAAUCAGAAUAGCUACAUCUGUAAUAAUGAAAAGUAUAUUAUAAAUUCUUUUACUUUUAUAAUAAAACUACAUAUACUCCAGCAUUCUGGGAUAUUCUCUGGCUUUUCAAGACAUUUUCAAUAUUGAUCGGUUGCCAAUUGUUAACAAGUUAGGGAAUGUAUACAUGUCAUAACAAUUCUGGUGUUUGCUUUGUUAUUACUUGUAGAUUUUCAAUUUACAAAUGCUAAUUUUUGAUGUUCUCUUAUAAACAGGUGGGAUGAAUUAUUAACCAGAAUUCCUAAAUGGAAACUCAGUUCCUGCUUCAAACAAAAUACAGCAUGUUACCAUUCCAAAAAUUGAAUGGCCGAACAAUUUUUUCAGAAAAUUCAUUCAGCUUUUCUUAAGAUGGAUGGACAGGGAAAUUUUAAUAGGUACUCCAUAGGCAUGGGAAUGUUCCUAGAAAGACUACCUACCGAUGUACAUUUUCUGUUUCUGAAUAUGUUAUUACAUUGGACAGUGGACCAGUAAAA